AUUGUUACAACCAUCAUGGAAACACCCACUUUUUCGCACUCCGAUUGCCAAAAAAUCGUGUCAAAGAAGCUCAAUGACGAUUUUGUGAUAGUCGAAGUGCGGAAUUCCACCUUCGACCACAAGAAUGGUUAUUUGGGUGACCAUUCCCUUUUAACUGUGACCAUCAAACGCAACCAGUGCAACGAAAGUCACAAUUUUUUCGUCAAGACUUUACCGACAGUACCAUCACAGAGGCAAUUCCUAUUGGAAAUCAACGGCUUCUUCAAGGAACACCGCUUUUUCACCAGGUACCUUAAUCUCUUGGAAAAACACUCGAUCAAGGUGCUAGAGGGUGCAAUUCCUCGGUGUUUCCUCGUGAAUGACGAAACUUUCGUCUUCGACGACUUGGUGUCAAAAGGCUACAAAACUUUGCCGUCUCGCGUUUCUCUAGACCUAGAGAGUGUCAAAGCGGCCUUGACAACGUUCGCCAAACUGCACGCCAGCUGUAUUAUUCUAGAGGAAAAAAAGCAAUUUUGGUUGGUCGACGAGUUUGAGGAUGAAGUGGCCGAAACGUUCUAUUCUGACAAAGAGUCGGUGAAAAAAGCGUACGCGUCGUCGAAGCAUGGUCUGCGCGCUCUAGUCGACUUGACUCACACCCAGACCAUGACGAUACCAAAAUCUAUGUUCAUGGAAAAAAUUCUAGAUGGUCUCGACCAACAGAAAUUGUUUGCCCAACCGUCGACGAAAUUUCGGAACACGAUUUGCCAUGGUGACCCUUGGACCAAGAACUUGAUGUUCAAGUUCGACGAUCGAGACGUCAAGUGUGUCAUGGUUGACUUCCAGUCGUACCGAUAUUGUCCGCCAGGUCAAGACGUGAUGGCUUUUCUUCACUUGACCACGGACAAGAAGCUGAGGGAUGACCAUCUAGACUAAGUGCUUGGUUUCUACCACGACGAACUAGGUCAAAAUUUUGGGAAACAUGGUCUCAAGGGUUCGCUCUCCUCCAAACCCUCAUGGUCUCAAACCCGUCAGUCGCUCAGUUCGUGUUUUUCGAAAACAAGUACGACUUUAUCGUUUCGAGUUGGCACCGGGACCCAAUUUUUGGAAAAA